AGACAAAAGAGCCAAAAAGAUGAAGAAGAUCAUUGAAAGACAGUCAAGAGUACUGAAAGAAAUCUUUAAAGAGGAGAGACAGUCACUUAGUGAGAUCAGAGUUGUUCUGUUGGGUCAGAAAGGAUCAGCAAAAAGUACUGCAGGAAAUCGGAUUCUGUUCAUGGAAAAAUUUGAAGAAUCAUUAGAUACAGCUUGUAUCAAGAAGGACAAUGAAGAUCAAAAACCCAGAGUUUCUGUGAAACAUCGAGGAGAUUUUGAUGGAGUUAAGGUCUCAGUUGUUGAGGCUCCAGGCUGGUACAAAGACACAAAAGCUCCUGACUGGCUCAAACAUGAAGUUCAUCGUAGUGUUUCCAUGUGUGAUCCGGGGCCUCACGCUUUUCUCCUGGUUGUUCCUGUUCAUAAAUCAUUCACUGAAAAAGAUCUCAGAGAAUUUGUUGAGCUCCUGAAGCCCUUCACUGAGAAAGUGUGGGCACACUGCAUGGUUCUGUUCACACGGGGAGACUGGCUCGGUAAACACUCAAUAGAGGAUCACAUUGUCAGAGAAGGAAAAGCUCUUCAGGAGUUGUUGGCAAAAUGUGAUAAAAGGUAUCAUGUAUUUGGUUUGGAAGAUUUCGGUAACCGUGCACCAGUUAAAGCGCUGCUGCGAAAAGUCAUUGACAUCUCAACACGAACCAGGGGAUGUUUCUCACUGAAAGAAGAACAAAACAUGCUAAGUUUUUUACCCUGGCUAACAAAACAGUCAACGCUGACAGAGAAGGAGUGGAAGAGAAGAGAACAGAUGCUGAUUGACAGAGUGAUGAGAGCAUUAGCGAAUGAACCAGAUGAAACAGGAAUACCAUCUGUUGAAGUGGCAAGAAGUAUGGAUGAAUUUUUUAUUCCGAACAUGAGUGGAGAUGCUACAUCUGAAUAUGGGAGCAUCUCAGGACUUCAAAGAGCACACAGAAAUGUUUCUGAUUGGCUGAGACAACCUGUCAGAAAUUCUGAUGUUACCUCUGGGAUCGGCACUUCUUCAGCAGUAAGUCAUGUGGAGGAGUUUCAUGAAAAUCUUUCAUUCGAUCAUGAACCGCGGAACAUCAGUCCACUUCUUGAAAAGAAAGAAAUCACAACAAAUCAAAGAGACCGUCGAAACUCAGUAAAUAUUCAGCGCAGAUACUCAUUUUAGACCACACACACAGAACUGAAACUAAAAUAUAGAAUAUAAACAUAACAGGGAUGUUGAUUUCUUAGAUUAAUUUGUUAAAGUUAAUAAGAUUUACUUUUUAAUACUGAUCAUUAGUUUUAAGUUUGUUUAAAUAGCUAAAGAUAUUGUUGUUCAUUGUUAGUAAUUGCAGAUGUUUGUUUACCUUUUUUAUUGGUUUUCAUUUGGUCAUUCUUUUGUCAUUUUGUAACCAUAUAUUUUAGUGGUAAUUUGGUAUUUAAAUUAAAAGGGACAGAGGUCUACCUAAACGAGCAUCUGACAAAGAUACAAGCUGAAAUUACUUGGAAAAGCCAGAUCUAUAAGGAGCAAAAAAUCAUUCAAGCGACCUAGACUAGAAACGGAAAAGUAUUACUAAGGUUAAAGCUAAAGUGAUUCGGGUAUAGAAACAUGAAAGACUUGGACCAAUAUAAAUUCUAAUGAACAAUAGCAAGAACUCUGAUAAGUUGCUCCUUUUGGUUUUGUUUUAUUUGUGUAUCUUCUCUUAUGAGAACCUUUGCUGCAUUUGCUGCUUGCUAUAUUAGCUGUGGUUAGUUGUUAAAUGACAGAUUCAUUUGAUACUCAGAGAUUUUCAAGAGUUAGUAGUUUAUGAUUUUGACCGCGAUAUGGAUCCAGAGCUCCAUGCUUUUAAUCUUAUAAAAGACUCUUGUAAAUAAUAUUACACAGAUGAACAAAUCCAUGAUGCUAAUGAACAAGCUAAGAUAUUUUCAUUAAUUAAUUUUAACUCUAGAAGUUUAUGUAGGAAAUUUGCUAAAAUCAUUGAUUAUUUGGAUACAUGUUAUCCAUUUUUGAGUCUCUCCUUUAAAACAGGUGUUUUCUCAGAAUGUAUGUGUAACUAGGAGGCUAAGGGAUUGGGAUCAAAGGGAGUAACCGCUCAGAAUUGUAUCAGUGGCAAAUACAAUACUUCACACAGAGCCGGGCACGUGCACAGAUAGGGCUUUAAUAGACCAGUAUCACCACUUUCACAAUUCUCUAAAAUAUUAGAAAAGCUGUUUGUUCACAGAAUAAAUUCUUUCAUUGAAUAAAAAGCUAUUGAAUGACUGUCAAUAUGGUUUUCAGAGAAAUUGUAUUGUUUUACUUCACUUAUUGUGUUAAGAGUAUGGGGUAAUACAAAUACAUACAAAAAUAAUGUAACACCAUUACAUUUGCAGGGAAAAAAUGUUAUUUGAAAAAAUAAUGAACUUAGAUACAGAGAACAUACAAAAGCUGAAAUUAAGUCAAGAUUGCUGAAAUUUAAGGAUUUAGCAAAACAGCAAACUUUAGGGAUGCUUAAAGUUAAAAAUAGAGAGAUGCCAGAGAGUCUGCAAAAGGUAUUUGUUUUCACCUUAGAAGAUGAAAGUCACAGAAGGAAAUUGAUUUCAGAAUAUUUUGAUUAUUAUUCUUUAAUGCUUCCAGUAUGUUAUUUUAUGAGCUUUUCCAAACACUGCAUAUAUUCAGAGGAGACACUGAUUUUACACACAGACACAGAAGAGAAACCGGAAUACAGAACAGAGGAAACUUAAGAAUAAUGGGGAUGUUAGUUUCUUAGAUUCAUUUGUUAAAGUUAAUACAGAUUUACAUUUUUAGAUUGAGAUUGUUAAAUAGAGACAUCUUUUUGUUCAUUGUCCUUAACAAUACAUUUAAUUUUUUUUAUGUUUCAUUUGUUAAUGCAUUUUCAACUUAUUUUUAAUUGUUUAUAAGUUGCAUAUUGAGUGGUAACUUUCUAUUAAAUAAUAUUCUUCAUGUUUCUUAACAAUUUUUUAUUUUCAAACCAAUUUUGUUCUGCCUCGUGCAUGCCUGUACAAUCCUGAUGGUAAUCUAUACAAUGAAGUAUCAGAAUUGUUUGCGUAGUAUUCUCUAAUGUUUCGUGUAUCUUUGAAACAGAUGCUUUUGUUGAUAGCAGAUAAUCGUAAUACUCUUGUGCAACACUAGGGGUCAUUGUAAUCUAUUAAGCUGAAGACUGAAGGACAAAAAAUGUAAAUAUUCAUUUUGCCUAAAAUAUAUUAAAAUGAUUCUAAAGCUCUGACUUCUUA